AUGGCAGCUUCAGCUACUCUGAAAUCAAAUGAUCCAAAUGCUCGUCUGACAGAGGCACUAUGUACAUCUCUUCGACGAAGGCAAAUCGUCGGUUCCCUCAACGUGGCUUUAGCUACAGCGGCCUUGAUCCAAAAUGUCGUUCGAAGUGCGCGAUAUUCAACGAUCGAUGAAUUACUUGGAUUGAUAAAGUCUAUAGGAAAGAAAUUAAUAGACGCUAAUCCCAAAGAGUUGGCCGCUACGAAUAUUAUCCGACGUAUCCUUCGACUGAUCCGAGAAGAGUACCGAGCAGCUGCCGCAGCCCACAUCAUCUCUGCACCUCCUUCAGCACCCGAGACUCCUUUCUUAGGACCUACCACACCUGGUCUAAGUGCACCAUCCAAUCAUUAUCUAUCCACUGCGACCGAUUUCCAAUUCUUCCCUUCUACAUCUCAAUUAUCUCGUCAAACGAGUUUAUCCAAUUUUGUUGCGAUGCGUCAUUCAAGAGCUCAAUUGGAGAGAUCAGGAAGUUUGGUAGAUAUGCAAUUAUCACAAAGUACCAAUUCGCUGUUCACGAGACAUAAUAAUGUACCUGAAACUCCAGGUAUAAAUAGGAUAGAUUCAGAUGAGUUUAUGAGACAUUCUGCUAAGCUCAAACCGGUUUUGAUCCAGGCUAUAGAUGAGGUCGUGGGUGAGCUGGAAACUACUCAUGAGGAUGUGGCGAAGGGGGCGAGGGAACAUAUACAUUCUUCCGAGAUCAUCCUUACUAUGGGUCAUUCAAAGACGGUAGAAGCAUUUUUGAAACAGGGCUAUAGAGACCGGAAGUUCACCGUGGUAGUGGCUGAAUCUGCACCAUCCUACCUCGGCCACUCCCUCGCUCACUCCCUCUCAUCACACGGUAUCCCCACCAUCCUCAUCCCUGACUCGUCCAUUCACGCGAUCCUUCCACGAGUAACAAAAGUAAUCCUCGGUGCCCAUUCAGUCCUAGCCAACGGAGGUCUUUUCGCCUUGUCUGGUUCAUUGGCCUGUGCAUUGGCAGCUAAGACUCACUCGAAACCUGUCGUCAUUACCACUGGUCAAUUCAAGUUCGCCCCAGCGUGGAACCUGUAUCAUGAUUAUGCGGCUGUAGAUUUCCAGGGUCCGGGAAGUGUCAUUGGAACGACGGGCAACGGGGGUGGGGGAGGUAAAGAGUCGACGGAAGUGGUCGACCCGUAUUUUGAUUAUAUAAGACCCGAGUUGGUCCAGCUGUUCGUGACUAAUGAAGGUGAUCACUCUCCAUCGUAUAUCUAUCGAUUGAUCAGAGAAGCGUACGACGAGGAGGAUGUAGAGUUGUGA